AUGACGCAGAUGGGCAUCAAUGGUUUCGGACGCAUUGGGCGCUUGGUCUUUCGAGCUGCCAUGGAAAAUCAAAGCGUAACAAUGGUUGCGGUCAACGACCCAUUCAUGGAUCUUGACUACAUGAAGUAUUUGCUCAAGUAUGACUCAGAAAAUGGCGAAGAGUACUUGGUUGUCAACGGACUUCCGGUACGAGUUUUCCACGAGAAAGAUCCUGCUUCGAUCCCCUGGGGUGCUGUUGGUGCGGAUUACGUUUGUGAAUCCACUGGCGUAUUCUGUGACAAGGACAAAGCGUCCAAGCACCUCCAGGGGGGGUGCAAAAAGGUCAUCAUAUCAGCCCCUCCAAAGGACAGCACGCCAAUGUUUGUGAUGGGUGUGAACCACGACAAGUACACAAAGGAUCUGCAAGUUGUUUCAAAUGCUUCCUGCACUACGAACUGUUUGGCGCCCUUGGCGAAGGUCAUCAACGACAACUUUGGUAUUGCAGAGGGAUUGAUGACCACCGUUCAUGCCAUGACUGCAACCCAGCUGACAGUGGAUGGACCCUCUCGUGGUGGAAAGGACUGGCGUGGCGGACGAUGCGCCUCUGAGAACAUCAUUCCAUCCUCUACGGGGGCAGCCAAGGCGGUUGGUAAAGUUAUUCCUGCGCUGAAUGGCAAAUUGACCGGCAUGGCCUUUCGUGUGCCAACUCCUGACGUCUCUGUCGUGGACCUUACUUGCCGGCUGGAUAAGCCAGCCAGCAUGGAUGAGAUUACAGCUGCCAUCAACAAAGCUGUUGAAGGUCCCAUGAAGGGCAUUCUUGGCUUCACAGAUCAAGAGGUUGUCUCCACGGACUUCGUCACUUGCCCAAUGUCCUCAAUUUUUGACAAGAGUGCUUGCAUCGCUCUCAAUGACAAGUUCGUGAAGCUCGUGUCAUGGUACGACAAUGAGUGGGGCUAUUCCAACCGCUUGGUUGAUCUGGCAUGUCACAUGGCUCAGGUGGAUGGCAUCAUACCACCACCAGCCGUCAUCCAGAGCAUUAAGGCACGAGAGAUCUUUGACUCGCGAGGCAAUCCCACCGUGGAGGUUGACCUCAUGACAAACGACCAUCUGUUCCGAGCAGCUGUUCCAAGUGGAGCCUCCACCGGCAUCUACGAGGCCUUAGAGCUCCGCGAUGGCGACAAGCAGCGGCUGCUGGGGAAGGGCGUCCUCAAGGCAGUGUCCAACGUCAACGAGAAAAUUGCGCCCAAGCUUGUCGGUAUGGACGUCACCAAGCAGAAAGAAAUUGACCGUGUCAUGGUCGAGGUCCUUGACGGCACCCAGAAUGACUGGGGAUGGAGCAAGUCCAACCUCGGUGCUAACGCCAUCUUGGCGGUGUCCAUGGCCGUUUGCCGUGCGGGUGCAGCCUCGAUGGAAAUGCCCCUUUACCAGUACCUGUCGUGCUUGUCGGGGAGACCUACCAGUAGCUAUGUCAUGCCAGUUCCAUCAUUCAAUGUCAUCAAUGGUGGAAGCCAUGCCGGCAACCGACUUGCCUGCCAGGAGUUCAUGAUUCUUCCUGUGGGAGCCAAGAGCUUCAGAGAGGCUCUCCAGAUAGGCUGCGAGGUCUACCACUCAUUGAAGGGUUGCAUCAAGAAGAAGUAUGGACAGGAUGCCUGCAACGUUGGAGACGAGGGCGGCUUCGCCCCAUCAGUUCAGGACAACAACGAGGCACUGGAUGUCCUCAUGGACGCCAUUGAGAAAUCGGGUCAUAAGGACAAGGUCAAAAUUGGAACUGAUGUGGCGGCAUCCGAGUUCUACAAGGAUGGCAAGUACGACUUGGAUUUCAAGAACCCUGACAGCAAGUCGGUUGACUGGAAGACUGGAAGCGAGAUGGCAACAUAUUACCAGGAGUGGUUUGCAAAGUAUCCAUUCGUCUCCAUCGAGGAUCCGUUUGACCAGGAUGACUGGCCUGCCUAUGCGGAGUUCUGCACAAAAUGUGGGAAGGAUGUGCAGAUUGUUGGUGACGACCUGUUGGUCACCAACACUAAGCGCAUCGCAAAGGCUUUGGACGUUGGAGCUUGCAAUGCCUUGCUGCUAAAGGUGAACCAGAUUGGAUCAAUCUCUGAAGCCAUCGAUGCUGCUAACAUGUCCAUGUAUAACGGCUGGGGUGUAAUGGUCUCCCACCGUUCUGGCGAGACCGAGGACUCCUUCAUUGCUGACCUGGUUGUGGGACUGCGCACAGGCCAAAUCAAAACGGGCGCUCCGUGCCGAAGCGAGCGUUUGGCAAAAUACAACCAGCUGUUGCGGAUUGAAGAGGAACUUGGCCCCAAGGCAGUGUACGCCGGAGAGAAAUUCCGCAACCCUUCCGCCUAA